AUGUAUAAAUUAUAACCUUUCAUUCUAAAUCUUGUGAAUCCAUUUGGUACUAAUCACAGUGUAACAACUUAAAGAACUAAUGCUUAUUUAGAAAUAACUUAUUUAGGAAUAACUGGAAUGGCAGAAGCAGGAUUACCUCCAAAAAAAUAAAAUUGUUAUUUUACAGAUUAUAAUGAUAUUGAAGUUUUCUUUAAAAUAUUUUAAUCAAUUAAACCAUUAGAAAAGUAUGAUGGAUUUGAUUAAUUUAAAUAAACACCUUAUUUUAAAUUGGAAGAUGGAGAAGCAAAAGACUUUCUUAAUUCAUAAUUAUCAAUACUUGAUUAAAUUCCUAAUGAUCCUAUUCAUUUAGCAUCAAAAUCAUUAUUUGAAUGUGCCUUAAUUGAUUGGUAUUGCAAGAAGACUAAUAAAUCAAUAUCAUAAUUUAUAUCAAAUGAAAACAAUGAGAAAUUAAAAAUACCAAAUAAAAGAAACUUUUACACAAUAUCUUUAUUAGAAAAUAUAGAUGAAGUGAUUUCAUAAUUGGAUGUUGGUCUUCCAUAUACACCAAAUAUAAAAAUUAAAGUUGGUGGUGAUCUUGAAUACAUUAGAAAUGUUUUAAUCAGAGUAUAUGAUAAGAUAAUAAAAGACAAUCAUAAUUUCAAUGGAUUAUUAUCUAUAGAUUGUAAUAGUAGUUGGUAACCUGAAACAGCUCUCAAAUUUUUAGAUAUAUUAAAUACAGAAUUGAUUUAGAUAAAACCUUAUUUAUAUAUGAUUGAAUAACCUUUUCCAUUAAAUUUUGAUAAAGAACUUUGGUAUAUAGUUAAAGAAAAGUAUUAAGAAUAAAAAAUAGAAAUUUAUGCUGAUGAAUCUAUUAAAACAUAAUAAGAUGUUAUAGAAUUAUAGAAAGUUGUGACUGGUGUAAAUGUAAAAUUAGAGAAAUCUUCAGGUUAUAGAGGUGCAAUAGCAAAUUUUAUUAAAGCAGAGGAAUUAAUGUUAAAGAAAUGGGUUGGUAUUAUGAUUGGAUCAUCUUUAAUUGCAAAUUAAGCAAUUAAUCUAUUAGGAUUAGCAACUAUAGGUGGAGAUAUUGAUGGAACAUUAUUAGUUGAGAAAUCAUGUCAUAAAGUUGAUGAGUAAUUUAUUUGGCAUAGAGCAAAUAGUGAAUUUUGGGGUAUGAUUUCAUUAAAAUGA